CGGAGACGGCAACCCGAAUUGCGCACCCGCAGCACAGCCAUCUACCGCUCAUCGCCUCCAAUUUUUCAAACGACCUUUCCUCUCUGCUCAGCAGCUCAUCGUCUCCAUCUACGACGCAAGCGCCUCCCUCGGCCGGCGCCGCAGCAGUUUUUGUUUUUAUUUGAACUUUCACCAUAUACUCCCUCACGCACUCCAAUAAAACUCUCCAUUUCUCUCACACUCUCUCUCGUGCUCCCGCUCUCCAUUUUCGCACUUUGCAGACGGGUCUUGAAGGCCCGCGCCGAGGCUGACUGGACCGUCGAAGAGGACGGCUCCACCUAUCGCAAGAAAUAUAGUGCAUGCCCGCUUUUUCUUAUUGGCCAAAACUUUUCAGCCUUUUCUGUUCUACCAAUUUAUGGCUAAUUACUAAAAACUUUAAACCCUAAAAGACAAUGAACAAAGGGAGCUUUAAACCUUAACAAGUUUCAUUUUCCCUCAUUUUCUCGCCCUCCAAACACCUUCUGAAUCAACCAUCUUCUCCUUUCCUCACUCCACUUUCGGACAUACCACAUUGGUGCAGAAUUUUCCCACUGUCCAAAAGGUGGGCGAAUCUUCUUAUGCUCCAUGGCGCCUCACAAGAAAUCCAAGAAAAGCAAGAGGGAGCUGAAAAAAUUGAAGAAACCCAAAAGCAUAAGCAUUGUGGUUUCUGUAGAACCCAAAGCCAUUGAGUCUGACUGGUGGGACACUUUCUGGCACAAGAAUUCUUCAACCCCAGGUUGUUCAGUACCCAACGAUGAAGCAGAAGCUUUCAAGUAUUACUUCAGGGUUUCAAAGAAGACUUUCAGCUACAUCUGUUCUCUUGUAAGAGAAGAUCUUAUAUCGAGGCCACCAUCAGGGCUUAUCAACAUUGAGGGAAGGCUUCUUAGUGUUGAGAAACAGGUUGCAAUUGCCUUGAGAAGGUUGGCAUCUGGUGAGUCCCAGGUCUCAGUUGGAGCUGCAUUUGGGGUUGGCCAGUCUACAGUUUCUCAAGUAACUUGGAGAUUUAUCGAAGCACUGGAAGAACGUGCUAAGCAUCAUCUCAAGUGGCCUGAUUUCAAUAGAAUGGAGGAAAUAAAAUCCAAUUUUGAAGCAUCAUUUGGAUUGCUUAAUUGUUGUGGAGCCAUUGAUGCAACACACAUCAUCAUGACCCUGCCGGCUGUACAGACCUCAGAUGAUUGGUGUGACCGAGAAAAUAAUUACAGCAUGCUCUUGCAGGGAAUUGUUGACCAUGAAAUGAGAUUUCUUGAUAUUGUUACAGGCUGGCCCGGGGGCAUGACAGUUUCCAGGCUAUUGAAGUGCACUGGGUUUUUCAAACUCUGUGAGGCUGGAGAGUGUUUGAAUGGAAAUGCUAGAAGUUUACCUGGAGGAGAAGAGAUUGGCGAAUUUAUAGUUGGUGGGGUCAGCUACCCUCUUCUUCCAUGGCUCAUAACACCCUAUGAAAGUAACGGCCUCUCAGCUUUCAUGUCCACUUUCAAUGCAAUGCACGAGGCUGCAAGGUUGCUUGCAGUUAGGGCAUUCUCACAGGUAAAGGGUAGUUGGAGAAUCCUUUACAAGGUUAUGUGGAGACCUGAUAAGCAGAAAUUGCCAAGCAUUAUCUUGGUAUGUUGUUUACUACACAAUAUUAUGAUUGACUGUGGGGAUAAUUUACUUCAAGAUGUUGCUUUGUCUGGUCAUCAUGAUCCGGGAUAUGGAGAACUGUGUUGUAAGCAAGUUGAUCCAGUGGGGAGGACACAGAGAGACAACCUAGCCAAAUACCUCCAUGGCAAAGAAAAAGCUCCAUCAAAAUAACCCAUCUCUGUUCUGAUUUGUGGCCUUGAUUUAAGUUCGACCUCCAUAAUCAGGUUUCAUGUAAAGAUGGCAGUGAGGCAGCUGAACACGUCAUUGCAUGGGUUCCCGAAGUACAGAGCCCCUCGCGUGACUCCCCCGAUGAUGGUGACAAGUCGCCCUCUGUGCAUGCACGCCAGCCCUCAGCAGCCCCAUGGACAGCCCCCUCACACCUCUCAUAUGGCCACCACUCACGCGCCUCUUCCACCAGCCGCUUCUCCAUUUGUGGUUGUUCUUGAUGACCUGCUGGGGGGGACUGCAGGGACACUGAAAAAUAUGUUGGAGACUUCUUUUCUUGGAAUUGAUGUAUUUGCAAAUCCUCCACCGAGCUUGCCAAAGCUUCUGCUUGCAAAAGUGCUUCCUUUUUUUCAGAUCCUCCGAGCUUGUCGCGCUCUAUAAUGCAGGAUUUUUGGAUCAUGGGUGUGUUUUUAGAUAUGUAAAUGGGUUGAAUUAGGACCAGAUUGAUAAUUUGUGAAGGAUUACUAAGCUCUGUGAGAUCUUUGUGUUUGUUGAUGGUAUCUUUUGAUAUCUGUUUUCUAAUUGUUCCUCUUAAUAAAGUGAUAUAACUGCAACCAAGCUUGGAAUCGUUAUUUGUUACAAUAUUGCUGAUAA